UAAAUGACGGUGUUCGUUUGCAAUGAGAAGGCUUCUUUCCUUGUCGUCAAAGUAUAUAAGAGAUUUCAGCCUCGGCUUCUGUCUUUGGAAUAAUGUCGGCUGAAUAUGAUAAUAGAGACAAUGGCCCUGAAGGCAUGGAGCCAGAUGGGAUCAUUGAGAGCAACUGGAACCAGAUCGUGGACAGUUUUGAUGAGAUGAACUUGCGUGAGGCUCUUCUAAGGGGAAUUUACGCCUAUGGUUUUGAGAAGCCUUCCGCCAUCCAGCAGAGAGCCAUUCUCCCUUGUAUCAAGGGUUACGAUGUGAUUGCUCAGGCCCAGUCUGGAACUGGGAAGACUGCCACCUUUGCCAUUUCUAUUCUGCAGCAGAUUGAUGUGGACCUGAAAGGCACCCAGGCUCUGGUCCUGGCUCCUACCAGGGAGCUGGCGCAGCAGAUCCAGAAGGUGGUGCUGGCCUUGGGUGAUUACAUGGGAGCCAGUUGCUAUGCCUGUAUUGGAGGAACCAACAUCCGUAGUGAGGUCCAAAAGCUGCAGGCUGAAGCUCCUCACAUCGUGGUUGGAACCCCUGGCCGUGUCUUCGACAUGUUGAGCCGCAAAAACCUCUCUUCUAAGUACAUCAAAAUGUUUGUGCUGGAUGAGGCUGAUGAGAUGCUUAGUCGAGGAUUCAAAGACCAGAUCUACGAGAUCUUCCAGAAAUUGUCCAGCAACAUACAGGUGGUCUUGCUGUCAGCUACAAUGCCAGCUGAUGUGUUGGAUGUCACAAAGAAGUUCAUGCGUGAACCAGUCCGCAUUCUAGUGAAGAAAGAGGAGCUGACCCUUGAGGGUAUUCGCCAGUUCUACAUCAAUGUGGAGAAAGAGGAGUGGAAGCUGGACACACUCUGUGACUUGUACGAAACCCUGACCAUUACACAAGCCGUCAUCUUCAUCAACACAAGGAGGAAAGUCGAUUGGCUCACAGAGAAGAUGCACGCCAGAGACUUCACUGUCUCUGCUCUGCAUGGAGAUAUGGAUCAGAAGGAGCGAGAUCUGAUCAUGAGAGAAUUCCGCUCUGGUUCCAGCCGAGUUCUUAUUACCACUGACCUUCUGGCCAGGGGUAUUGAUGUCCAGCAGGUGUCCCUUGUCAUCAACUAUGACCUGCCAACUAACAGAGAAAACUACAUCCACAGGAUUGGUCGAGGUGGCCGUUUUGGCAGAAAGGGAGUAGCCAUUAACAUGGUCACAGAGGAUGACAAGCGAACCCUGAGGGACAUUGAGACAUUCUACAACACCACCGUUGAGGAGAUGCCCAUGAAUGUGGCCGAUCUUAUCUAGAAGAACUCGCACCACGUUCAGCCACCUCCUACCCUGCUUAUUUUAGAAGUCCCAUCUUGUUUCUUAUACAAUUUGAACAAUGACUUGACCCUCUGCAUCCUGAGCGAAGGAGGAAUGCUGCCAUUACUCCUGACCUCUAAAAUAGUCUCGGCCAUUGUGGAAGGAUGAAUGAAUAACUAACCUGUUUCCUCUCCUCGCCAUAAUUCUUUUCUCCAUGUCAGCGCCCAAAUUCUUGAAGCAUUAAUUUGAACGUUUUCAUCGUGGUCGUUUUGCAGAGCAAGUUUACAGCUGGGUCCCCACAAGUGCAAACUUAAUUGCAUUUCCAAAAGCACAUUUAAGAAAAAAGUAAAUCCCUAGGUUUGUAACUUCUAACAAAUGGCUCCGCUGGCUCAGUGGCUAACAUGCUGACUGGACCAUGAUUGGCGCUUGUUUGAAAUGCAGCUGCACAGCAUCACCAGGCGCUGCACUGCUGAUUAUGGGGUGGACAGCCUUCCAUUCAGUUUGGACUCAGCUCAAUGAAAGUGCCGCAUUGGACCAAAUCAGUAUUGAAGCUUCAGUGUAACAUCCAGCCGCAUUUAACACAUCCUGAUCAUGUAAGAACAGGUUUUGGGGGUCCAAAAAAAACACAGGGUAUAUUCAAUAAAAAGACCUGUAUAGUAAAAUUGAUCAUGCAUCACUCGUUUACCGUUUUGAUCCUUGUAUUGCUUUUUAUUUUUAUUUUUUUUGUACAUACUGCUCAGCUUGUACAGUCGUUGAGCCGUGAUCUUCAUUUGAAGGCUGCCUGGCCACAAAUGAUUGGAAGCAUAAGAAAGGUGAGUUGUGAGGAGUUGUUGCCUUUUACCUGUUGGCUUUUCAUCUGUUUGACAUGGUUAAUCUAUAGAGUUUAUUUGAAUCUAAAAAUUGGAUUUUUUUUUUUUUUUUUUUUUUUUGAAGGGUAGUUGUUUUUGUUUUGUAAUCUACCUCACCGCAUUGUGUGGGGGAGGGCAGAAGACUGACACGAAAGGACCAAACUACAGAUGACUUCUAUAGAUUAUAACCCCUCAAGCAAACAAAUCGUCAUUCUCUUUCUGCGCUCAUUAAAAUCCCUGUCACCGGGUGGUGUGGUGUCAGACUUAGGACAGACAGUCAUGUUUUGGGGUGUACGGUCAGUGCUAUUUUUUAAAAUGAGUUUAUGAAAUUGUUAACCUUUUCGAGACAGAAGCAGUGUAUCAAGUUUUCUACAUUGGAUUCUGUAUAGUAUUUAUUUUAAUGGUCUUAAAAACAAAAAAUAAAGGUUUCUCCUUUUACAGUGUAAA